AUGACGGUAUCUUUCUCGAUACCCACACUGGACCUCGACUACUGCCUAGAGCAGUUACUCGAACAUAAACCUCCUCACAUCUUACCCGAAGAUACCAUCCAACAGCUAUGUCACCAGCUCAAAACACAAUUACUUGGUGUACCCAAUAUCAUGACGCUACAAUCACCGUGUACGGUGGUGGGCGAUAUCCAUGGCCAGUACCACGAUCUUCUUGAGAUUUUCCAGAUCGGUGGUGCUCCGCCUACUACAAACUAUGUGUUUCUUGGCGACUACGUUGACAGAGGCUACUACUCAGUGGAGACCAUCUCACUUCUAAUAGUGCUAAAGCUUCGGUAUCCAAGCCGAGUUUUCCUUAUCCGAGGCAACCAUGAGUCACGGACUAUCACAACUAACUAUGGCUUCUACACAGAAGUGCUCAACAAGUACAACGGUUCGCUCAAGGUGUGGAAUUACAUUACCGACUUGUUUGACUAUUUACCGCUAGGAGCUACCAUCGACGGCAAAAUAUUUGCCACUCACGGCGGUCUCUCACCCUCUUGCCAGCAACUAGACCAGAUCCGCGCCAUCGACCGCUUCAAAGAGGUUCCCCAUGAUGGAAUCAUGGCAGAUUUAGUGUGGUCGGACCCAGAUCCAGACAUUUUAGACUUUAAGCUCUCGCCAAGGGGCGCCGGCUACCUUUUUGGGUACGAUGUCAUGAGGAAAUUUUGCCAUGACAACAAUUUGGAUCAGCUUGUUCGAGCACAUCAACUAUGUAACGAAGGUUACGUCAGUUACUGGCAAGGAAUGUGCCUAACGAUCUGGUCUGCGCCCAACUACUGUUACAGAUGCGGGAACCGAGCCAGUGUGCUUGAAAUCGCUCACUCCAACUACGAAUCGAGGUCCAAGAACGCACAGGGGGUGCUUCCUGGCCAGUAUUGUAAUGUAUUCGAAGCUUCUCCAGAAAACAACCAAGACACAUCGGAGGGAAAGAGUGUCAACGGAAUUAAUAGCAACGGUCUGACCAAAGACAUGUUCAGCGUGUAUUUUGAGGGCCGGCCCCAGACCCGCCAAAUUGAGUACUUCCUCUGA